AUGGCAACAAGACGACCAUCACAACAACGCAAUGUCGACGACGAACCCGUAUCCUCCAGCCGAUACACAUUCACACCUUGCACAAGCCUGUCAAUGCUCACAUUGUCGUCGAAUUCAACCAGUGUGAAUAAUGGUCGCACCAAAUACUUUACAUGUGAACUGAAACGACCAGAGCAAUCAUUACAAGAUCGUAUGGAUCGUGCUAUCUAUGGCAAACAAGAUCAUCCCAACUUAUCGAUGGUGCUGGGUACCACACAACGAAUUCGCAUGGAGUCCAACAACCUAUCAGAUGAAGAAAUGGAAUCCGAGGAGGACGAUGCUAUAUGCUUUUCAUCACCGGAUGCAUCACCUGAACGAGAUGAAGCUACGGCAACAUUUGAUGAGUGGAUGGAGGGCCGUCGUCGCCUGGAUACGAUCGUUGACAAUAACGAUGAUGACGACGAUGAUCUAUUCGCCGACCUAGACGACGAACAAGACCAAGAUGAGUUUUUGGAUACAUCAGGAAAUUGGUUGAAUGAGAUCUAUCAUGACGACAAUAUGGAAAUGUUAUUACAUGACGAUCAUCACCACCACCAGGAGAAAACAUCAUCCACACGACCUUUUAAUAACGACGAAGAUGAAAAUCGUCCACCACGACAAUGGUUAUGCCAUAAGCACCUCACGAAGAAGAUAUUAUCCAUACCAACUGAACGAUCACCAUUACAAGAACUAUCAACAAAAUCACCGAGUGACGAAGAUGAUGAUGAUAAACCGGCAAGGAAACGAGCCGUAAACAACCACCGCCAAUCUGUUCGUAUCAUGCGGUCAUUAUCACCACCAGGACGUCGUGACAAGGGUAAACGACCAGCAUACUAG